AUGCAUCCAUCGUCUGAAAAAGCUCAAACCGAUUCCCAGGUCACGUCGUUCAUCAGAUCAGUCACUCGUGGCGUUCCCCGUCACUACAAAACAGCCUACUUACUGCAGCGUCUACAACGUGCUCGGGAAGACGAUCUCUACGUUGAAGCUGCAAUGAUUCUUGCAGAAUUGGCAUGCCAACCAGCCCCUUCAAAACAAACUCCGAGUACCAUUCAACUGCAAUGCCUUAUCCGACUCGUUCCUGUACGUUGGGAGGAUGUCCGAGAGUUUUUCGGGCGAUCACCUAGCGGACUGUCCAACAUAUUCCUCCACCAACUUGACGUACUGGAAGCUCAAUAUGCCGAUCUAGUUCUGCUGACUCAUGAAAUUGCAGCAUCUCGACUCUUUGAAUACGCUCGGGCUGUUUUCGAUGUCGGCAGUCCGUAUACAAAUAUCUGGGCAUUCAUUGACGGAACUGUAAGAGGAAUCUGUCGGCCUACGUCUCGUCGUCGAGGCCGAAAGAAAAACAAGCUUCUGGACCAGCAAUCUGUAUACAAUGGACACAAACGUAAACAUGCACUGAAGUUUCAAACUCUAGUCACUCCUAACGGGUUAAUUUCACAUUUGUGUGGUCCGUACCCUGGAAGAAAUCACGACAUCAAAACGUAUCGUGAAUCCGACCUAAGUACAAUUAUCCGAAACGAUUUACGCUUUCGAGAGUAUCGAAAUUUUGGAGACUGCGCCUAUGGACGUGGCGAUGUACUAAUAAGCCCAUUCGAUGGAGCUAUUGGAAAUUUGACGCCUGAACAGCGGCAUAUCAACUCUGCUUUGAGUAAGAUCCGGGUUUCCGUGGAGUGGCCCUACGCUCAAAUCGUGAACUAUUAG